ACGCGCGGGGAUUUCUCCGUCAGUCGGCGACAGGCACUGCAUUGCGCUGGUAUUGCUCAUCUCUAUACAAUUUUACGGUUUCUAAUUGUCAACCCGUAAAUAUUGUGGAUCUAGUGUUUCGUUGUGUUGUGCGUUUGGAUUUCGAUUCGUGUUUUCUUUACGCGUUAUAUUAACGCCGGUUUUUGUAAAGCAGAUAUUACGAACGCUUAAUUAGAUAAGCAAAGCUGGAUUACUCAUAGCAUCUCAUACGAAGAUUGCAAUCAUGGAGAGAACUAGAAAUUAUUCGAGUGGAUUUUGGGUUUUGCUACUGGUAACAACCUUGGUUGCUCCCGUCCUUAGUGAGGCUGGGGUUGGUCUAUUUAACGCUAGACUAAAACAAAUCGUCACCUCCAGCACACUUAAAUGGGCCAACUUGAAGAAUGAAGCCAUGGAAAAUUAUGUUAUCGGGGCAAUUACAGAAUCAGGAGAGCCCAUAUACCUCUGCAGAACAAGACAUGAAGGCGACAUGUUGAUUGGGCAGUUAAGACCAGAUUACAACUCUUGCGCAGUGUCAGGGACUAAAAGCUACACCAUAUUCGAAGUCAUGGAGAAUAUUGAAAACGCCUCGUUAAUUAUAUGGACGCCUUGGUACAAAUUUAACUCAAAACCAAGUGGCGCAGUUGCAGUGGAUUCUUCACUCGAUACCACUUUUGUUGGAAGAAUUAAAGCAAACACUGGUUACUCACACAAUAUCGGAAGAAUUAACUACGAAAGCACGGUUGGCGAACUUAUAUCAUUUGAUGAAGAAAAUAACGAAUUGGUGGAAAAUAAUGGUGAAAUUCUAAUUGAAGUGGAACCGGUUAGUUAUAAAUUGGAUAACGUGGAACUCGACUUACCUACACAACAUGUACGACAGUCGGACCCACAAGUCUUUGAAGAAAGACUCCUGAGAAAUGAUGACGACGUCGCUGCAACAGUAACAACGGAAAUAGAAUAUAAAUUCAACUACACAUUAUCCUGGGGUCAUGGCCACGGAAUUGCAAUCGGGCUCAACACGACAAUAGAAAUGAGCGACGGCACUCAAUUCCCACAAAUUGAAUGGGCCAACCCCUACAAAGAGGAGAAGAAAGAGCUGUACACGCUUCAGAUAUUCUUGGAACCUGGCACAGCUUGCAACGUAAGCUUCAGGGGUAACAAUACGGAUCGUGAUGUUCAAUAUACCGCUAAACUCACAACAUACUAUAAAGACAAUAACGCUCGAUCAAGACACAUCCGUGGUGAGCGCAUUGAAAACACCGUGGAAGUUGAGGCUGUUUAUGGCGAAAUUUACUACACGUCUAACAACACAUUGGUGCCAACAACAACUACAACAACUACCACGACUACGACAACAACGACGACAACAACAGUACCACCACCUCUACCACCGUCGGUGGAAAAGAACGACAUCGGCAUGAUCAUGGACAGCAACAGUAUUUUAGAAGACAGCAGUGAAGAUAUGGUGAAAGGACCACCAGAAAAAGAAGACAUCAAUAGAUCCGUCGUUGGAGGUUUAGGAAGCCAUCCAAACUCUGGUUUCAAGAUAAGAAUCUUUUCUAUUACACUGCUAAUUCCAUUCGCGUUGUUACUUUAAGUUUCAAUUAGCUUGUUGUACAUAAAAUCGAUAUAUCAAAUAUUCCCAACUAUAGCUUAAAUUAAAGUAUUAUAAAAGUACCUUAUGAUAGCUUUUUAGGUCGCGAGGCCAACUAUUGAGAAAACCGUGUACAUAGAUUAUUCGCUUGAGAUUAUACAUUCCUGGUAAAUGAUUAUAUCCAUUCCAAUGUUACAAAGAGCCAAACACGUAUGUAUGUAAAUAGAUUAUGUAAAUA